UAUAAAGAGGAGGCGCAGAAGCUUUCUCUGCUCCUUCCAGUCUAUCCCCCCCCACAAGCACAGCCUUGCUAUGGCUGGCCUGAAUGUCUCCAUUGCUUUUCUUUUCCUGGUCGUCGGGGUGUGCCAGGCGCUCAGGUGGAUUUCCAAGAGGUUUCUGUCUCCUGGAGCAUACGGCUGCCUUGCCAGAGAACUUGCUGGCUCGUUACAGUUGUGCACAAGCUGCCUUGAGCUGCGGAUGCUGGUGGAGAUCGGCCCAUGGGGUGGUGGCUUUGGCCCAGACGUGGUCCUGACUCUGCUCUUCCUCCUCUUCGUGGUUCACGGCACCUCUUUCGAUGGAGCAUCCGCCAACCCGACCGUCUCUCUCCAGGAGUUCCUGCUCCUCGAGUCCAACCUCACCGCAACUGCUGCCAAGCUGCUGGCCCAGGGCGCGGGCGCUGGGACGGGCUGGGCUGUCACCAAGCUCUACUGGUCCUGGGAGCUGACGCAUUUCCACCUCAUCCAGAACCUGAUAGCGUCAGAGUGCAGCUCCUCCAUCCGCACCUCUCUGCACCACGCUGCCUUUGUGGAAGGCACCUGCUCUUUCCUUUUCCACCUUGUCCUUUACAAGUUGCGCCACAGUCACCCGACGUGCCGGGUCCCUGCCCUGGCAGCGACAGUCACCUUCCUGACCUACACAGCCGGGCCGUUCACGGGGGCCUUCUUCAACCCUGCCCUGGCCACAGCUGCCACCUUCCACUGCUCGGGGAGCAGCUUUUGGGACUACGUCCAGGUUUACUGGCUGGGGCCCCUUGCAGGGAUGCUCGCUGCCCUCUUGCUGUACCAAGGCAACAUCCCACGACUCUUCCAGAAAAACCUCCUCUACAGCCAGAAGAGCAAAUACAAGAUACCCAAGGCGAGGGUGGCGGCGGCACACGUGGAGGGUGACGAACCGCGGCAGAAGAGCAAAGGGGAGAAGAACAACUCCAAGCCUCGUGCCUGAGCCGCGGACGGGGGCCAAGGGGGUCCCCGCAGCCCCUCGCCUGGGAGUGAGUUUCCCGGCGCGGAGGAUUUUGCUGCUCAUCCCACCCAGCAUUCAUCCUGCCCGUUUGGUCCCUACUGCAGGGUGAGAUUUUAUUUUAUUUUUUUUUUUUUUUAAAGCAUCGCAAAGGAAUCGGCCAAGCUGGCCUUGCAGGAUGUCUGAAUCCCUGAGCUCCUUUGGGGAAUAGCUUUGAAAGUCUCCCUGGAGAGCCCAAAAUGUUUCAAGCCUGCAUUGCUGGCUUGGUGGGGGGGAAAAAACCUAACACUUUCGCAUAAAUUGCUGGCUGUCUUGUAUUGCCAGGAAGCUUACAGAAAGCCAGGACCAUUACAUGGGCAGGCUUGAGCAACUCCCAGGCUAUUGCAUCAUGCAACACUUGAAAUAAUCUGACUGGGUCUCUUGCAGCCAUAAAAACAAAGCAUAAACCAGUAACUGCCUUGGAAACUUGGGAUGAGGAGGAAGCAGGCUUUGAUCUUUCGAGUUACUAAAGGGAUAUUGCUCAAAAAUUGGCGUUCUUUGAGUUAAACUGAGGUCCUUGAAUUGCACAGGCUGAACCUGGCAGUUCAUGGAGAGGAAUUAAAAAUGCUCCAGGGCAAGGGAGUUCACUGGCCAUAGGAGACCCUGCUCCUCUGGACGCAGUGCUUACCCUGGGUUUUGUGUGUGUGAGGCAUAAAGAAAUGGUGCACCAAGUGUCCGUGGUUAAAAAACGAGACCCAGGCAGCCGGUACGCAGGUGGUGUGAGUGAGCAAGUGCAUCCCCAGGCUCCUCUCUGUAUCUUUGUGAAAUAUUCCUAAAGAUAAAAUUAUGGUUUGUAGAAACAAUAAUAAAAAAUAAAUGUUGUGAUCGG